AUGAAGUCUGUAAAAUGGAUGAACGAGAAAGCCACAUCCAACAAGGCGUACGUUCCAACUACAGUGGAAAAUAUAGCGAACGUGUGUACGCACGCAUUGUGCGUCGCUCCAGCUUCGUUUGGUGCGCGCGAGUUGCUCACGCGCUCUGUCAACGCGCCACAAGCAAUAGCUGCUGUAGUCUACGGAUUGGCAUUAUGUCUCCUGUUUGCCGUCUCCACGACCUUCCAUUCGGUGUGCUGUUGUCAGUCCGAUACUAAAAUGAAACACUUCCUCCAUCGAUGCGAUCGCGCCAUGAUCUAUAUAUUCAUCGCGAGUUCCUACUUCCCAUGGUUGACUGUGGGCACCCUGUCGUGCUGGAUGCUGCGUGAGCUUCGAUGGGCGAUCUGGCUGCUCGCGAUACUUGGCAUCACAUACCAGCAGAUAUUCCACGAGCGGUACAAGAUGCUGGAACUUUUACUGUACUUGAUAAUGGGCCUUGGACCUGCGGCGAUCAUUGUCACGUCAAAUCACCAGUUCCCGGCGAUGCACGAUCUCAAGAUGGGCGGAAUUCUGUACCUCGUAGGGGUGUUUUUCUUCAAGUCGGACGGUCGAAUACCGUUUGCUCACGCGAUAUGGCACGUUUUCGUGGCUCUCGCUGCUAGUGUUCAUUAUUUAGCUAUCCUCCGACAUCUUUUCCCCGAACUCAAAACCCAA